AUGCAACUUUUGCUGACUAUGUCUUCCAUAGUGGCCGAAGCUGGUCUGGGGAAAGACAUUUGGACAAUUCCAUUCGACAAGAUUACGUUCAUCCUUCUGAUCUAUUUCAUCGAUGAGCCGAUCUACAUCACAGUAGUGUCUCUUACCAAGAUCUCUAUCCUAUGCUUUUACCUGCGCAUCUUCCCAGACCGAAACUUUCGAAGGGCUGUCUACGCUGUCAUGGUCUUCACGGGCCUGUACAUGCUGGCUUUCAUCCUCGUGUCGCUAUUUCAAUGUCGACCGGUCGACCACGCAUGGAAAUACUGGAACCAUGAGCAUGCCGGAGCCUGCAACAAUGUUAACGCACAGGGAUGGGCGGCUGCGAUCUUCAAUAUCGUUCUGGAUAUAGCGACCAUUAUCUUGCCUCUUCGACAACUUUCUAAACUGGCCAUGAACUGGAAGAAGAAGGUUCAACUAAUGCUCAUGUUUGGCUUUGGUGGGUUCGUUACUCUUGUUAGCAUCCUCAGAUUGGAAACCCUCAUAUACUUCGCCAAAUCAGAGAACUUCACUUGGGACGUGGCACCAUUUGGGUAUUGGUCGACCAUUGAGAUGGAUAUUGGGGUUAUGUGCGCCUGCAUGCCCGCACUACACUCACUGUUCAAGCGAAUCUGGCCGAAGGUAUUUGGUGGCACAGCACGCGAUAAGUUGACUGGUAGGAGCGGCACAAGUGGUCUUAGUGCAUCUCUUGGGGCGGACAGGUCUCAGAGGUCGCACAAGAAUACCGAUACCAAGGACUUUAUUCCCUUGAUGGACGUUAACAGUACGGAAGCGCAGAAGGAGGGGAGCAAGAGAAAUGAUGUCUAG